CACAUUGCAUUUAAACUGCAUUGGCCAGGCAGUCUGCCGUGAGCUCCGGCUCGGGCAGGCUGGAGGGGCGUUAUGUUAAAACUUGUGAUUAGUUUCAGAAAGCAGCGCGGAGAGAGGGCACGCAGAGCGCCAGCCUGUGGUGAUCCUGCUGGGCUGGGCGGGCUGCCAGGACAAAUACCUGGCCAAAUACAGCGCAAUCUACAGCCAGAAGGGGUGCACUGUCAUCCGCUACACGGCUCCAUGGAGGAUGAUCUUCUUCUCUGAGAGCUUUGGCAUCAAAUCGCUCCAGACCCCAGCCAGGCGACUCCUGGAGCUACUCUUUCACUACAGGGUUGAAGACAGACCGGUUCUUUUCCAUGUUUUCAGCAAUGGUGGUGUCAUGCUGUACCGUUACAUCAUCGAGGCGCUCCGCACCCACAAGCCGUUCCAGAACCUCAGAGUAGCAGGCACCAUUUUCGACAGCACCCCUGGCAGAAGAAACUUGGUAGGAGCCCUUCGAGCCCUGGCAAUUGUCUUGGUCUCCGUGAACGUGCUGCUCAGGUAUUUCCUCCUGCUCACCUUUGCCACUGGAGCCGUCGUGCUGCGGGUGCUGCUGUACCCCCUGACCCGCUUCGUCCACGAGAGCCACUACGACGCCCUGCUGAAGGCGCCCUCGCGCUGGCCCGAGCUGUACCUCUACUCCCAGGCCGAUGCCAUCAUCAAGGCCAGCGAGGUGAAGCACAUGGCUGACACCAGGCAGCAGCUGGGUGUCCCCGUGAAAGCCGUGGACUUCUCGGACUCGCCCCACGUCAGCCACAUGCGGGUGUAUCCCACCUACUACAGCAGCCUCUGCGUGACCUUCCUGUCUGACUGUGUGCGGGGCUCUCCUCCCUAGCGCUGCCACGACCUUCACUGUUUGCUUUGCUCAGCUCGUAAGGGAAAUCGUCACCCCCUUUACCUUUGUGUCUUUGAAGGGAGGAAAGUAGAGACUUCUGGUUUGGUUUGGUUCUGUUCUUUUCCCCCCCACUGUCUACAAGUCUGGAAGCCUCCAGCCUGGUCUUUGGACCGGCCACAUUAUAGCAGAAAGUAGAUAUGGAUUAAUUUAUAGUACUGAAGGUGAAAUCCAGUCAUGGUUCAUGUUGAUGUACUUUACCAAGGUGUCACAGACUAGAAUUUCACACUGUUAUUUGUCUCUUCCUGUCUCUUCUUGUUCUCUGCUUUCCAUGUUGUCUCCUUGUCCCUGAUGUCCAAUGUGCCUGUUCUAUGGCUUGUACUGAUUUAACAAUACAGCUCUUUCAUGUCUUUGUUGUUUGCUCUUUUUUCUCUCUGCCGUUUCUUUUAAUUGCAGUGAGCAAAGAGAGCCUCAGUCUGCAGAUUUUUUGCUCCACUGAAUGCGUCCCAACUGUUGUUGUGCUCCUUGAUGGAGAUCAGGCCCAGAAACCAAGUGUAAGAUCUGGAAAAGGUGUGUGCAGGGCAUUAUGAGCAGCCUGUCACCUGGUUUCAUUAAAUAGCUGAGAUAGAACAGUCAAAGCUCUGAUCCUGGGUGGGAGCUCAAAUGUUUGUGGUAACUUUUGUGUUCUUCAACCCAAAGGUUUAACUUAACGUUUUUGAAUGUGUCUUGUGUUUUGUUUGUGUGUUCCACUGAGUAGUUUUGCUUUCUUGGACGACUGCUUCUUUGUUAUUUAGUGUCUUUGAACAGCCCGUAUUGUGCAUCUGGAUAUGCAGGGAAACUUUUGGGUUACAGCUGUGCCAAACCUCUGAAAUAGAAAGGUGGAACUGCAGAGGAAAAUGGAACUGUUUCUUGGAGCUAUGAUUUAUUCUAUUCAGAUGAUCAAUCUUUGCAGUCCAUGCAGUGUGUAGAAGAAAUUAAUUCCUUCCACCUAGUGGAAAAGUGGCUUGUUGCACUGAAAUUCAGCCAUGUUUGGUUUUAGGUUUUGUUGUUUAUUUGGGGGAGAAGCGGAGAUAAAGACAGAGGAGAGCCUGCUGAUAUGUUUAUGCUAUGCCACAGCAUUGCCAGCAAGUUAAUAACAUUGUGAACAGAAUUAGCCAACUUUAAAUUGCCAGGAGGAGGCUCUGGAGGGCUGUGACAUGGGCCCUUUUGAACAGGGAGCUGCCCUUGAGAGGUUGGCACGUGAAAAACAUGAGGGUUUCUACUGGUGGUUGCUGCCUGUGGGCUGCAGUGCUGGUCUUGCCCACCCUUGGGGUGCUGUCAUCCACAAUUACAAAACACUUACUGUUCUGGAUCCAAACAUAGAGGGGGAGGUCCCCUAGGAGGCACUACAAAAAUUUGGAAGUUUAAAACAAGAACUGUAACACCUCACAGAAGCGCAGGGUGAGUGGCCAGUGGUGACCAGCACAGCUGUUUUUGGCAGACUAGUGUGGCAGCCCUCAUUUACAGCAGAAUAACCCCGUUUUGGGUGUGGUUUUAGAGGGAGGACUGGGGUGUAUAAAAGGUGAGGAUUAACUGAGAGGGGGCUGAUGGCCUGGUUUGUCUUUGAUUUUUUUUUUAAGUGAAAGCUGUCUCCAGGCACAGGAGCCCUUGUUGCUUGGGAUCCCAUCUUCCAUAGGUGUGAUCCCAGUUUCAGCUUCCACUGUGAUGAUGGGCUGUGAGGGCUGCACUGUGUAAGAACAUUCAGCCUUCCCCUUUUCAUGGAGAAAUUCUUGUUCCUAGGGUUUGGACCUGUAAAGUCCAGGCAUGGUCCCCUAUCCCCAGAAAGCCCAUCAGCAAUCUCCACCUUUUUAAAGCAGGCCCCUGUGGAACUGUGAACACUCCUAGGGAGCAGAGGUGAUAAAGGCUAUUUAACUAGCA